GGAAAUGCGUGGCCAAGAUAGUUCAAUUGAUCGUUAAUUCUUCUUAGGAAUCCAAUGGAAUAUUUUUUAUUUCGAGAGGCAUUUUUGAGUUCUUUUCCUGGAAUCGUGGAGAAUGGUUUCACAUGUUCAGAGCUGGGGAAGAAGGAGAGAACCCUCACUGCGACAGGGACAUUUUGAGUUCCUUACCUGGAAUCGUGGAGAAUGGUUUCACGUGUUCAAAGCUUGGGAAGAAGGAGAGAACUCCCGCUGCGACAAGGUACCACAGUCACCAUCAGCAGGAGCUGCUAUAUCUGGACGUCGAUCUUCGUCUUCGUUCGGGAGUGUCGGUCGCGAAUUACUCGGGAGUGUUCCCGGAGCGUCCGGAUUCGAACUCGGAAGUCUUCAACACCCGGAAUCUCGGGAUUUCGAGAUCCUGGGUCUUGGAAACUUCGGAAUUCGAAUCUCGGGAUCUUCAAAACUAACGAUCUCGAAGAAACCUUCGAGAUCAUUAGUUUUGGAAAUCUUGGGAUUCGUAUUUCGAAUUCUCCAGGACUCAAAGAUCUCGAAACUUCCGAAAUUUUGUGUGUUGGGGGCUUUUUAGUUCGAAUCCGGGCAUCCGGCCUCCGGGCGUCGUCCCGGACGGUCUUC